UCGGGCGCUGUCUCAAGCAGAUAUUGGUGGAGUAAGGGGGCGGAUCAAAAUCGGAGUAUUCACUGGCUGGGUUGGCACAGAAUGGCAAAGCACAGAUCUGAUGGCAGGCUAGGUUUCAAAAUUCUUCAUAAGCUUAACUUGGCCAUGCUUGGGAAGCAGGGCUGGCACAUUAUCAACAGGCCUCAGUCCUUAGUGACUCGUGUUCUUAAGGCCCGCUAUUUUUCGACACAAUCUUUCUUUGAAGCUCCUUUGGGAAGUAACCCUAGCUUUUUGUGGCGCAGCAUAUGGGAAACUCGGGGUCUGAUUCGAGCUGGGGCUUGCUGGAGGAUUGGGAAUGGUCGGUCAGUUUCAGUCUGGGGGAAACCCUGGUUGAGAGAGCUGCCUGAGUCUCUGGUUUCCAUAACCCCUCCUCUGAACUGUGCCAGAGUUGUUGUUUCAGAUCUCAUAAUUAACCACAGAUGGAACGAGAGUUUAAUUGCACAGAUGUUCAACGAAAGAGAUAGAAGUUGUAUUUUGAACAUCCCUCUUAGUCUUUCAUCGUGUUCUAAUGCAUGGUGCUGGAAAUUCGAGUCCAAAGGUCACUAUUCGGUUAAGAGUGCAUAUAGGUUCCUGGUUGAUGGCUUUCAACAUAGGGAAGGGAGCGAGAUAUGGAAAAGGUUCUGGAAAGCUAAAGUUCCCCCAAAAGUGCUCAAUUUCUACUGGCGGGCUCUAGUUAAUGUUGUCCCUUGCCUCUCGUCACUUCAGUCCAAGAGAGUCCCAGUGGAUCCUUCAUGCCCGUUGUGUCAUGUAGCCCCUGAGAAUGUCUUGCAUAUUCUGAUUCAGUGCCCUUUUACCCGCAGCUGCUGGUUAAGCUUGCCGUUGGGUUGGCCUGCGCCUUCUGCAUCUUCUUUAAAUGAGUGGUUUUCUUUAGUCUUCUCUUCUGCUUCUGUGGAAAAUGCCUCCCUUAUGCUAAUGAUCUUAUGGGCUUUGUGGCAAAAUAGGAAUAAUGCUGUAUGGAAGGGCCAGGGUCAGACUGCGAGUGGUGUGUUCUUCAUGGCUCUGAAUUUUUUGCAGCAAUGGAAAGCAGCCCGGGUUGUUUCCUCAGUAAGCACCACUGUCGACCAGGCUCGCCCGGUCUGGUCUCCUCCGCCGCACGGUUGGAUCAAGGCGAGCAUUGACGCCUCUUUAAGCUUGCAACGAGGUUCAGUAGGUUUCGGUUGUGUCAUCCGGAAGGAUGAUGGGAGUUUUGUGGCUGCUAGAGCAGGCUCUUUUUAUAGUCAGAUGGAUGCAAAGUGUGCUGAAACUAUAACAUUUUGGGAAGCAUUGAGCUGGAUUAAAGAGUGUGGAUGGGAUCGAGUUCUUUUCGAAUUGGAUGCUCAGGUACUUGUGAUGUCAGUUAAUUGUGCUUUGUUGGAUGAUUUAUCGUCUUUUGGUCUUUUGGUUCAAGAUUGUAAACUGUUUCUAUUUAGUUAUGAGGAAGCAAAGUGUGUUUUUGUUCAUAGAUCUGCGAAUGAUAUCGCUCAUGUUCUAGUAACAUCGGCUCAUUCUGAGUCAGUUCUUAUUGACGUUGAAAUACAACCAGUAGUGAAUCCAUUAGAUAUUUCUAGUCCUAGUGGGAGUAACUCUAAUAUUGAUAAAUCAAUUUAUCAAUCUCAACCGCAAUGA